GGAGAAUUUGUAUGCGUGAGCGAGAGGGACGCGCUGACAGUAGGGGCGCCGCAGGGAGAGAAGCCGAGGAGCAGCGGAGACAACCAAUUUGCAGUUUGGGGAGGGAUUUUGUGCGGGAGAAACCACGCGAGUCCUUCCCCCGGAGCGGACUCCUUGUGGGUUGGUUUCCGGGCCCGCGAUGUCAGCAUAGCAUCGUCGGCCUCUGCCCCAACGGCUUCAAGGGAGGGACUCGUCCCGGCUGCUUUGCCCGGGAAAUGGGGGUGGAAGGGCCUGCGGUGUCGAGGUGGUUGCACAAUUCCCCUCUGCCUUCCUGUGGGGUGUCAUCAUAGCCUGGUCAAUGAGAAGUUGGGUAACUUCCCAGAGGGUCACGGAGGGAGUGGGUGGCCAAGGCAGGAAGAACAGAAGCCAACCCCGCCCACAGUGGGAACCCAGGCGUUAGGUAGAGUCCUCACGCCGGUGUAAACUGACUAGCAACGAGUUACAGGCAAAAAAGCUGUGCUUUUCUAGAAGUAGAAAGGGGGAGGACAAUCAAAGAAGAGCUGUGCCUUUAUUGUUAUGCUAUAACGAGCAAAAGUAAAGCAGCCUUGCUAUGUAAAGUGGUGUUUAUCUCACCUCACAGGAGAUGCUUUUGACAAGUUAUAAUAAGGGAGAGAUGGUAGUAAAGGAAGUGAAGAAGCGACGUGAAAUUGAAGGAAAAGAAAAUGACCUGCCUCCUUACCGCGGUUGGAAUACACACCCAAACGAGAGACCUGUCAUUUACUCCAUCCUUUAUAGUGAUGCUACAGGACGAAGAGGAAUGGAUAAAAACAUUGGCGAGCAACUCAAUAAAGCGUAUGAAGCCUUCCGGCAGGCUUGCAUGGAUAGAGAUUCUGCAGUAAAAGAAUUACAGCAAAAGACUGAGAACUAUGAGCAGAGAAUACGUGAACAACAGGAACAGCUGUCACUUCAACAGACUAUUAUUGACAAGCUAAAAUCUCAGUUACUUCUUGUGAAUUCCACUCAAGAUAACAAUUAUGGCUGUGUUCCUCUGCUUGAAGACAGUGAAACAAGAAAGAAUAAUUUGACUGUUGAUCAGCCACAAGAUAAAGUGAUUUCAGGAAUAGCAAGAGAAAAACUACCAAAGGUAAGAAGACAAGAGGUUUCUUCUCCUAGAAAAGAAACUUCAGCAAGGAGUCUUGGCAGUCCUUUGCUCCAUGAAAGGGGUAAUAUAGAGAAGACUUUCUGGGAUCUGAAAGAAGAAUUUCAUAGAAUAUGCAUGCUAGCAAAAGCACAGAAAGACCACUUAAGCAAACUUAAUAUACCAGACACUGCAACUGAAACACAGUGCUCUGUGCCUAUACAGUGUACGGAUAAAACAGAUAAACAAGAAGCGCUGUUUAAGCCUCAGGCUAAAGAUGAUAUAAAUAGAGGUGCACCAUCCAUCACAUCUGUCACACCAAGAGGACUGUGCAGAGAUGAGGAAGACACCUCUUUUGAAUCACUUUCUAAAUUCAAUGUCAAGUUUCCACCUAUGGACAAUGACUCAACUUUCUUACAUAGCACUCCAGAGAGACCCGGCAUCCUUAGUCCUGCCACGUCUGAGGCAAUGUGCCAAGAGAAAUUUAAUAUGGAGUUCAGAGACAACCCAGGGAACUUUGUUAAAACAGAAGAAACUUUAUUUGAAAUUCAGGGAAUUGACCCCAUAGCUUCAGCUAUACAAAACCUUAAAACAACUGACAAAACAAAGCCCUCAAAUCUUGUAAACACUUGUAUCAGGACAACUCUGGAUAGAGCUGCGUGUUUGCCACCUGGAGACCAUAAUGCAUUAUAUGUAAAUAGCUUCCCACUUCUGGACCCAUCUGAUGCACCUUUUCCCUCACUCGAUUCCCCGGGAAAAGCUAUCCGAGGACCACAGCAGCCCAUUUGGAAGCCCUUUCCUAAUCAAGACAGUGACUCGGUGGUACUAAGUGGCACAGACUCAGAACUGCAUAUACCUCGAGUAUGUGAAUUCUGUCAAGCAGUUUUCCCACCAUCCAUUACAUCCAGGGGGGAUUUCCUUCGGCAUCUUAAUUCACACUUCAAUGGAGAGACUUAAGACACAUUUGAAAACAGACAUAUCAAGUUCUAUGUGAUGAUUUUGGGUUUUUAAUACUAUAAAUACUUGAUUGUAAACUAAAUUCAAGAUCAUUUAUAGGAAAAUCUAGUUUCACAGCUAUUUGAAUUUUUUUCUGGAUUUACUAUAUAACUCUUAUUUUUUAAAAGAUCAUUCUGUUCUUUCAAGGAGAAAUAAGCCUAAAAGAAGAAAAACAAAAAAAAAAUUCUGUAUAAAACUGUAAUCCUUUGUAUUCAUGUUUACAGUGCUAUUACUAUAAUUCAAAAUUAUGUAUGUGACUUAGAGUUAUAUAAUCAUAAUUUAUGUUUAUUUCAAAUAUCUAAGUUUAUUGCUUGGAUUUCUAGUGAGAGCUGUUGAAUUUGGUGAUGUCAAAUGUUUCUAGGGUUUUUUUAGUUUGUUUUUAUUGAAAAAUUUAAUUAUUUAUGCUAUAGGUGAUAUUCUCUUUGAAUAAACCUAUAAUAGAAAAUAGCAGACAACAUAAACAUCUUUGUAAAUAUCAAACCUAAUGCAUUUCUUGUCCAGUGAUAAAACAACUGGUAGAAUUAUUUAAACACUUUAGAUUUUUAAAUAAUAUACAUGGCUUUAAUUUUUACUGUGUGUAUAGCUACAUGAUGAAAUUAAUUAAAUAUUAAGAGGUA